AUGCUCAAGAAACUCACCAAGAAAUUAAAUUGUAAUGUCUCCGACGCGCUUAAAUUUGCAGCUGGCAACGGGCGACACGAACCUGUGCGGUCCCUUCUUCCGGAGGUCAUUGGGGACGGAGAGUACACUCUGGACGACGAAGUCCUUGGCAUCUUGGAGAGCAUGGCGAUCACCGCCGCUGAGAACGACCACUACGAGGUUGUGCAGCUGCUGCUGGCGAGAAAUGGACACGUCGAUAUCGUGGAGCUGGCGGCGGAGUCUGUAUCUGACGACGACAACUUGCCUGCUAGUGAACGGAGUGAGGCGUUGUCUAGCGCAAAUUCUGGCGGACAUGCUGCUGUUGUGGAGUUCCUGGUGGAAUGCGAGCAGUUUCAGUGGUGUGUGUUGGGUGCUUUUGAUCAAGCGGUCAGCGAGAACCAACAGGAGAUCGCCAGGGUAAUUUAUGACGUGUACCCGCGUUGCAACAAGGGUGCGGACCUGUUCGUCGACUUGGCCGGUGCUGGAUACUUGGAAGCCGUGACGUACUUGUACGAUAACGGGUUCUGCUCGUCAGGGUCGAUUGGGGACGCUUUUGUAAGCACUAUAUGCUCAACACGAAUUACUGUCGCAAACUUCUUGGUCGGCACGGAUUCGGUAUCCGCUACGGCGUUUAAUAUGGCAUUCAAGAAGGCAGUUCUGGGUGGACGAAUCAAAUCAACGGAAUUCCUUUUCAGUACAGGGCGUGUGCCUCCACAGACCGUCAACACUGUUUUCCCAAAGGUUACCAAGAUCAAUAUGAUGAAGCUACUCGCUACGAAACAGCCAGUCUCCUCGAAGGCUAUCGUGACCGCAUUCCGCAAUGCAACAUGUCAAGGGCGUUUCGGGUGGGGUACUGAUACCGAAGCAAUCUUGCGUGAAUUGUGUAAGACGAACUGUAUCCCAUCAGAGGUCUAUGGAGAGGGUUUUAUGACAGCAGUGAACACCAGAUACGGCGGGGAUGCGAUGGGCAAGGUCUUGUAUGACGAAUCGCGGAUUUCGGAGGAGGUCAUUCAAACAGCAUUCAAGACAGCUGCCGAUAUUGGCCAUAGCGAGAUGGUCAGGUUCCUAUUCGACAAGCCAGCUUUACGCCAAGCGGUCAAGCACGACGGAUUUGUGAGUGCGGCUCAACACAACCAAGUCGAGGUCGUACAGCUGCUGGCAAGAAGCGCGCAAUGGUCGCAAGAUGCGUUGACCAGUGCAUUCCAGGCCACCAAAAACCAGGCACUGCGGAGGUUUCUUCGAACAAAACUUGGCAUCAAGUGA